AUGGCCCUGGACGGCAGCGGCGGCGGUGGCGGCACGUGUGUGGCGGAGCUGCAGGCCCUGCUGGGGGCUGGGGGGCUUCAGCUGCUGGAGCAGCAGAUCGUCAUCAUCUCCACCCAGGACGAAGGCUCGCUCAGCGCCGCCGCCGUCCCCGUCACCGCCGAGGGGCCCCGAGAGGCCGAGUUGCUGCUGUUCGCUACGCCCCAGGCGCCCCGGCCUGGAGCCAGCGGACCCAGGCCUGCCCUGGGCCGGCCUCCGGUGAAAAGGAAACUGGACUUGGAAACAGACCAUCAGUACAUAGCUGAAGGCAGCCAGCCAGCCCGGGCCAGGCCUAGACCCCCUGGCAAAGGUGUGAAGUCCCCAGGGGAGAAGUCUCGCUAUGAGACCUCACUGAACUUGACCACCAAACGCUUCCUGGAGUUGCUGAACCAGUCUACAGAUGGUGUGGUGGACCUGAACUGGGCAGCGGAGGUGCUGAAGGUGCAGAAACGGCGCAUCUAUGACAUCACCAAUGUGCUCGAAGGCAUCCAGCUUAUCACCAAGAAGUCCAAGAACCACAUCCAGUGGCUGGGGAACCAUUCCAUAGCCGUUAACACCAGCAAGCACCAGAUGCUGGCCAAGGACUUGCAUCAUCUCCAGGAGGCUGAGAGGCAGCUGGAUGACCUGAUCCAGAUGUGCACUGUUCAGCUCAAACUGCUCACUGAAGAUGCCGACAAUCAGCACUUAGCCUAUGUGACCUGCCAAGACCUACGCAGUAUAGCAGACCCUGCAGAGCAGAUGGUAAUGGUGAUUAAGGCCCCGCCAGAGACACAGCUGCAGGCGGCAGACCCAGCAGAGGCGUACCAGAUCUCUCUGAAAAGCAGCCGAGGGCCCAUCGAUGUGUUCCUGUGCCCUGAGGAAAGCGCUGAUGUGUGCAGUCCGGUGAAGAGUCCCUGUAAAGUGCCUCCUGAGGAGACUGGCCUCAGUCUGGAGCCCACCCCUCCAGCACAGCCGCCACCACCCCCUGCCAGCCCCCUCAUAACCUCAGCACAGGAAGGCACCUUGCCCCUGCUUGCCAGUGAGCAAGAACACCUCCUGUCCCGGGCAAGCCCAGCAUCCCUCAGAGCCUCAGCAGAAGAUGUACGCCUGUCCCCACUAGUGUCUGUGGACAGCCUCCUGGAGCAGGUGAAGGAGGAUUUCUCCAGUCUCCUGCCAGAUGAGUUCAUCAGCCUCUCCCCUCCUCAGGGCCAGGACUAUCACUUUGGCCUGGAGGAAGGAGAGGGCAUCAGGGAACUCUUUGACUGUGACUUUGGGGACUUUACCCCCCUGGAUUUCUGACACAAAGCAACAGGAAGCUCCCCAGGCCCAAGAAUAGGUCAAGGGGCUCAGAGUGUAGAGGGAGACAUCACAGUGACAGGGAGGAUGACUGGAGUCAUCUGAAAAGGGUCAGAAUCCUGGUGAGGCUUGGCUGCCAGAUGGGUGUCCUUGUGUAUGGAGGGAAGCAUGUGAGGCAGUCAGGCUGGGAUCCCUUAACUAGGCCAUUACUGAGGCCAUUAUCAGCUUUCCCUUCCUACAUGCUUGGAGAUCCUCAAAGCUGCUGUAACCCCAGGCCCAUCUCCCUCUCCCCCACCUCAUCCUUUCUAUGACUUCCCAGGAGGGGAUCCAGAGAUCCCUGCCAGGCAGUCUACCCCAAUGAUCUCAUUUUGUCACAAAAGCCACCUAAUUUAUUUCCCCUUUCUCUGGUCCCCUCUCCCCCCCUACCCAUGCCUGGUCUCCUCCAUGGGCUGGAGUUCUCCCCUCUAGGGAGUCAGAGGACCCAGUGAAUGCCCUGGGAGGGAACAAGCCAGCAGUGGGUGUGGGUGCUUGUGUGUGAUGGGAGCGUUAAGUGCACUUUUGCUCAUCUUCUCUAUAUAUAGGUCUUAGAGACCACUGGUCCUUCCCAGGACCCAAGUCCUAGACCCCUCCUCAGAGCCUUGCCUGUGCUCAGAGGUCAGGGGGUGAGGGCUUGUGUGGCCUCCUCCCAGGAGUCCUUCCCCCAACCAACCAGCCAGCUGGUGCAGGGUAGAAGGCUGCCGCGCCUUUCUGGGGGCCCAGGCUGCAUGGAGAGAGCACUUUUGUCGUCUUAAAAGGUUAUUUGUUGCAAAGCUUUACUAAAACGCAGUGUGUGCAAACUUAUUUAUUUAUUGAAGUUGGCCAUGGCCGGCCCCCACUUCCCAGGUGGAAUGGGAGCUGGGGAACCAGCAUCGCUGGGGGGGGCAGAGGCCCACAUGGCUCAUGCGUGUCCAUUUGGGCCCAAAGGAAGAGGUAGAGGGACGGCCAGUCAGGAAGGAAGAGGGGCCAGGCUAGGUCCAAAAGGGGUUCAUCCCUUUACCCUUGGUCACCUGGGUAGAAAUAUUUCAAAGUCUGAUUUUAUUUAUUUAUAAAUAAAGGAAGGAAAGAGUUAUAGGCCAGGAGCAAAGAGAGACUAUAGGAGAAGUAGUAUAGGUCAGUGAAAGGAGGAGGACAGAGGGAAUUGGCUGCACUGAGAAACUGGUCAGCUUUCUAAGGCAGGAUCGGGAGCUGCAGCUGGAGGCUGGGCUGUUGGGGCCUGGGUACAAUGGGGAAGUCAGCGUGGGCCCCAGGGUUAGAGCAGAGGUUGUCAAAGUUUGGUGGAGGAAGCAGUGACACAGUAAGAGAAGCCUGUGUUCGUAGACAGGAGAGUCAAAGAAGUGACUCUUCUGGGGUGGGAUAGAGGGAUCUUGCUCUCUUGUCCCACCCCUACCAUGUGAUGUUGAGAGUUAAGUUAGCACGGGCCUAAAGCAGUCUCAGGUCCAUACUCUGCUUCUGGCCUAAAGCCUGACUUGGGCUAUUUUUUUUUUUUUUUUUGGAGGGAGGGCUGGAGAGAGAGAAGGAGGUAUAGUCUCUGUCCCCAAGUUCUCUGCUGCCUCUGCCCUGGACUGGUGUGUACCAGCCUCUGAGGAUGCAGCCCCCAUCACUGAGGCCUAACCAAACUCCUCUGUGGGGUUCAGGGCACAGUCUUCCCUCUCCUCCCCUUACCUUCCCAUAUUCCCCAUCACCAUUUGGUUGGUGGGAGGGGAAAGGACCCUGUCUGGGUUGACCAGGGCCUGCUUGGGGUGGGGUUCUCUUUAGGCAGGGCAAGAAAGAGGAGAUAAUGGAGAAGGAGGAGUCAGACUAUCUAAAACAAAAGGAGGAAGUUUCAGGGGCAGAUCCUUGCUUGCCUACCUCUUGCCAGUCCUCUCAGCUCCCUAUUCAACUGGAGGAGGCUUAGGUUUAGGGUCUGUGGGGGCAGGGGCAGCACAUUUGGUGCCAGCUUUUUGUCUUUGGGGGGGUGGGCCAGCUGCUUAUAGGACCCAGUCCUCUUCCCAGCCACAGAUUUGCCUUUCAGACUCAUUAUCUUAU